AUGUGGUUGUUGCGCCCACUAGCGGCAGAAGAGUGCGUGGCUUGGGCAGCGCUGUACGAGCUCAGAGGGAGCGAGAGGGGGGAAGGACGCAGAAUGGCGACCGUGCCUUGCUCCAAGUGCACGGCCGAAAGGAAAGGAUUCAGACGGGAGCUGGAUUCAUGGAAACACAAAUUAAUACACUGCAUUGGGUUUGAAAGCAUUCUUGAGGGCAUCUAUGGACCAUUACUGCUGAGAGACCUUAGCUUAUUUGAUGACUUUGAACCUGAAGAAGUUAUUGACUGGUCUCCUGAAGAAAAUGGUUUGCACUGUUCUUUCUGCAAUCUUCCCCUGGAGAAACUCAAUGAUCAUGUACUGUCCUCCACGUCUCCCCUCUCGUCCCCAUCUGACUACUCUCCACACCAUGUCCCUGCUCUCUCUGAGAGCAGCCAAUCAGCGCACAGGUUCCUACAAGCUGUGUUUAGCAAGAAAGAUGUGCCUAUUGACUGUGAUCCAAACAUCCCGCUUAUUGCCCAAGAGCUUAUGAAAAAGAUGAUUCGUCAGUUUGCCAUGGAGUAUGCUUCCAAGUGCCCGCUCCAUACCACCUCGAAUGGUGUUCAGACAAAAACCUCUUCACCUCAGUCAGAAGCAGCUGAAACAACGGAUGCUCCUCUUGACCUCACAGUGAGCCGUGCCCAGGAGGAAAAGGAACCACAACCAGAUGGUGUGCUCGACCUCUCCAAGGGAACGUCUGCCAAUUUACCCCCAUCAAAACCUUCUGUCUCUGCCGCUAAUCACAAAGGCUCAGGGAGGCAGCAAAGGCAGAAGGAGUGCAUUGAGAGGAGCCUGGAGCUGUCUGAAGGAUUGUUGUCCAAGGCCCUUAAAGACAUUCGCUCAGGGAGGCUUCAGGAGCAGCGCGCUGCACUGCUGUAUGGAAUACCUCUUCAAGUUCUAAAGCAAGGCCAGGAGAGCCUCUCUGAGAAAGGGCUACAAGAGCAUCUUUUGCAUGGAAACCGAGAUGUCAGAGAAGAAGUGUCGUCCUAUUGUGUGAUGUCAUCUAUGCUGGGGGGUGAGGCCCGACUGGUGUUGCAGAAGGUGGCAGCAUGGGCAGAGCGAGCAGAGAUCGGAGGUGCCGCUGAGGAGAAUGGGGACUUAAGUUUUCCUUUGCCCUCUCUGACCUUUUUCCAGCCAAACAAAACCAUGCCCCAGUCCUUUCCCCAGCUCAGGGAUGCACUGCAGGCUCCAUCCAGCCCCACCUCCAGCCUUGAGCCACCUGUACCACUGCGUAUUCCUCAGGUCCGCUCCGUAUCCGACCAGAGCAUGACACUCCCUAAUGAAAAUGGCAGUGCAGUUGAAAGCCUUCGUCGUACCUCAUUAAUAGAGGGCACUGUCAGUGUGUUGUCCUCUGCAGCCAGACCUCUUUUCAAACUCAGGCCUCCUGCCUUGGCAAGCAGCUCUAGCCCAUCGCCUCAUCGUCUGGUUGCUCGAACAUCCUUAGUAGACUAUAUGGAAGAGGGAGCAGAUCGACGUGAAAAAGAUAAGCAACCCAGGAAGAAGCGUGGAAGAUAUCGUCAAUACGAUCAUGAGUUGAUGGAGGAGGCCAUCACUAUGGUGAUGGCAGGUCGCAUGAGUGUGUCCAAGGCUCAGGGGGUCUAUGGUGUUCCACACAGCACACUGGAAUACAAAAUCAAAGAGCGCACUGGCACACUAAAAAAUCCACCCAAGAAAAAAAAUGCCAUCCCCAGCCCAUCUACUACAAACACCUCUGGUUCUAACUGUUCAGCUAACUCAGGGAUCCUCACCUCAGCUGCUCCAACAAACAGCUGCUGCCUGUCGACCACUACACAGGAAACUGAAGAAUUGAAAUGCCAAGGGACCAAGACCUCUGCUUUAGGGACUGCAUAUGGAGCCAAAAAGAGGGAGGAGCCACCGGCGCAUUUCUGGAUCACCACAACCACCACCAGCAAAAAGGUUGAGACAAUCACGAAUGGCCGGCCUUUCUGGACCAAGAUGGAGAGACUUUGUGCUUGA